AUGUUUUACGGAAAGUUGGGAAAUACUUAUGACGACCUCCCCCCUUCCCUCUAUCUCUUCAACCUCUUCGAACCCCGAAGACGAUCUCGAUUACUCACAGCAACCGGAAUGGCGGACAGCACACGUGAUAACUACCCUCCGACGAUCUUGACAUCUUCAAUGGAAGCAAGAGGCGAUUUUGUGUCAACGAUCUUGACAUCUUCGAUGGAAGCGGGAGUCGAUUUUGUGGGUGUGGAUGAAAUAGGCAGUAGGGUUUUAAAUAAAAUAAUGAUUUUAAAAGAAACAAUGUUCCAAAGCAGUUCAAAAAUCAAAAAAAAAAAUAUCGAAGGCGGUAGAAGUGUUGUUAUUUCCGAAGUAAAUGCUUCUGUUGAUGAGAAUGAAGUUGAAGAUAUUUCAGUUAAAAGUUCAAAGGUUAAAAAUGAUAAGGGUAAAAAAGAUACUUUAGAGAGUUCAAGGAAGACACAGUCAUCUUCCAAUAAAGAAAAGGCCAAGGAGGUUUUGCAAGCACGCUCAAAGAAAUCUAAAAAAACAGUUAUUGAACAACCAAAAGUGAACCUGAGGGUUAAGGUCAAAAGUGUAAGUAAGAAACGUAAACUAUCUGAUGAAGAUGAUUCUUAUUUUCAGAGUCGUCCUGGAUCUUCAAAUAAACCAAAGAGAGAAACUAAAGUUGUGAAGAAAGAGAAAAAAAGUUGUUGUUAUAAAAGAAUUUCCUUCAUUGAAGAACAGAUGUUCACCCGGUUCAUUGUUGGGUGUUAUUCAAGAAGAGAUAUUGAUUUAAGUAGCAUUGACUCAUGCGAUUUCAUUGUCGAUUGUUUGGUAAGGACGAAGAAGGUUUACAACCCAGAGAAAGAAUCUUCUUUCGUUUAUGGACCAGCAGCAUACCUUAUGGAAGAAUCUGGUGGUGAUGAGGAUGGAUCUAAUGGUGAUGAGGAUUUGUGUGAUGAGGAUGAAGAAGAUUUUGAUGUUAAUCAAGUUAGUGUUGUGGAGUUAAUGAUAAAGAUUAUGGGAAUGAUUUUUUUGAAUGAUGAUGAAAAUGUUGAAGAUGAUGAUCAAGGGAAAUGUUCUGGUGGUCAAGGGGGUGGAAGUGGUGCACAUGAGGACAAUGUUGGUAAAAAUAAUGAUUUGUUGAAUGAGAAAGAUGAUGAAGAUGAUGAACAAGGAAAUGGAAGUGGAUUCAAUGAAGAAGAGUCCAUGAAUUUAAAUUAUGUUGUUGAAAAUGUUACUAAGAGUGUGGGUCUAAUUAAUAGCCAGGAAGAUGUAUCUUUUAGUACUAAAAACUUGGUUUAUGGUUGUAUACAUCAGAAACGAGUUGAAGAUGAUGUGAAUGAGAAUUUGACUGUUUUUGAGAAAAAUGAACUUGAUGACAGGAUUGUAAAUUUCGGUGAGGAUGAUAAAGUUAUUGUAGCAAAGAAGGAUGGAGAAGUUGAAGAUGUUGAAGUUGAUUUGGAUUUAGGGAAAUCAAUAGAAGAUUUUUCAAAUAAAAAUAAAGAUGGAGAUGGUUUAGAAAUUAUACAAUUAAAUGAUUCAAAGGAGACACAAUCACUAAAAAAGGACAAAGUGGAAGGGAAAGUUGAGAAUUUUCUAUUCCAAGUUUUAGUCUUGGAUUUAGUCAAGAUUCUGAAGGUUUGA